CAAUCAUAAAAUACAGGAAGCCUUCGUCUCUUUACUCCCAACCGGAAAACAAGCCCAGCAAGAACCAAUUCUUUUUAGUAGUUUAAUGUAGCGUGGUGCAUCAACGAGUCUUUUACAGGGUAUCGUUGGCCCACUGAAUAAAAGUCAUGGAGGUGCCUUCCUAUCUGCCCAAGCUGCUGUUUGAACUCAACGAGCAGCGCAAGCGUGGCUUCUUCUGUGACUGUAGUAUCCUUGUCGAAGGCCGUGUUUUCAAGGCCCAUCGCAAUGUCCUUUUUGCAGGAAGUGGCUAUUUUAGGGCUCUUUUGGUUCACUAUUUACAGGAUAGUGGUCAGCGCCAAAGCACAGCAUCAUUAGACAUAGUUACAGCUGAUGCCUUUUCCAUCAUCCUGGACUUCCUCUACUCUGGCCGAUUGGCCUUGAGCAGCAGCAGUGUAAUUGAGGUGAUGUCAGCGGCCAGCUAUUUGCAGAUGACCGACCUGGUGAACCUUUGCAAAAAAUACAUUAGCUCCUCUUUGGAAAUAUGCAACAAAGACAAAGAGGGUGUGACAGAGGAGGAGAAUCCAGGACAGGAAGGACGCUAUAGACCCGCCGACAGUGGCACUCCUGCUGCAUCUAAGCCCAAUAGUGUUGGGACUGCGGAACCUCCUUCGCAGGUUACAGAAGCAGAUGGGGCAUCUGUUAAGGCAACUCGAAGCCCUUUGUCCAUGCCUGGCAACACCCCUCCUGGCCCGAGCAGAGACAUGGAAACCGAUUACCAUUCUGGUGGUGAAAGACCAAAAGCACAUACAGAUCAGACGAACUUAACAUCAACUCCGUGCUCAGUUUUGACUCCCGAGUUAGUGAACCCAAAGAUAGAGUAUGACCCAGAUGAGGAACUUUUGGAAUCUCCUGACAAUAAAUACUUAGCAUCAUAUCCGGGACCCUCUGUCCCUCCUCAUAGCAGAUUACUUAUCCCAAGUUUAUCCAAUGAGCGCUCCUCUGUGGGUUACAGCUCUCCCGUUAGUGCCAGGCAACUGAUGGAGAUGCUGGCAAGGGGUGAAGGCCCCAACCCAAUUGUGGACAGAGGGGUUCAGCGCAUUACCCAUAGACCGCCAGGUAGCAUUUUGGGAGUUAGCCGAAUAGACGACAGUUUGGGUUUUGUGGGAUCAUCUGUAAUGGAAAUCCAGUCUGAUUGGAUUGGAGAAGACACAGGUGACAGUUUACUGGUUCCUGUCAAAUUGCACAAGUGCCCUUUCUGUCCGUACACUGCCAAGCAGAAGGGCAUCAUGAAACGGCACCUUCGUUGUCACACAGGCGAAAGGCCCUUCCCCUGUCCAAUGUGUGGAAAAAGGUUCACAAGGCAGGAGCAUCUUCGCACCCAUGCUCUCAGCGUCCACAGACAUGACUUGCCUAUGUCAUGCAAAAGCUGCAGGAGAAUUUUUUCCGGAAACAGUGUAUCUCCGGGGUUCCGACGCUACGGCAUCUGUGAUAGCUGUAACUGCGUGACCACCACUCACGCCGACUCCACCCCCCUGCAUCCGACUGGCCCAGCUGAACACAUGGAACGUGAAGAUGGUGGGACCGAUUGGGCCAGCUUCAUGGAUGAUGUGGAUGAGGUGGAGGUUGGCAGAGUGGAAGACUUGGUGGAAAAACAGAUGCUUGAAAGGCAGCUGACGGCGUGUGAUGAUGUAGGUCACCCUCUGUAAUCUUGUAAUGUUGAUGGCACUCUAUACAUACUCCGCAAGAACAUAUUUUCUUUUUUGUCCUACGGUCUUUAUUUAGGAGCUGCUUGUUCUCCUAAUCUUGGAAGAAUGUUUUUUGUCAUGGUCAAGAAUUAAUGCAUGAAUUGUCAGAAAUUUCAAGUAGUAAUAAUUUACACAGACACAAUUCCAAUGGAUGAAAUCUGUAAGAUUAAUUAAUGUAUCUACAACCAGAAAAUUGUAUUUAAAAAAAAAAAAAUCAACUGAUGGCGAAAUCCUUCGACUUGAUUUAGUUUAUCUUAAGUGAGAUGCACACAUUCCGAUCCACACAUUCAUUUUAGACAUUUUAAAUGAUUUUUUUUUUUUUUUAACUUAACGUCCUUGAUUUUUUUUUUUAACUUAAUGUCCUACUCAUUCAACACAUGAAGAAAAAAAAUUGUGUGUGUUACUGCUUGUGUUUAAUAGUGUGAUGACGCCACAACAGUCCACUCGCACAACAGUAUUUCUACUGACAAUCGUGUCCUCCACCAAAUUAGAUGUCCAUUGAAGUACUUUAUAGUUUUAGAGUAAGAAUGGAGAAAGAAUGGUAGUUGUAGUAAUCGUAUGUAUGUAUUCAUGCAAUACAAAACCGGUUGCCUCUUGAUUUGUGUCUGGCAACAGCACAUUAUUCAGGUCACUACUUAGAUGUAAUUAGCUAGCAUUCCAUUUCAUUGCACUGUUACGUCUGGGAACUUGACCACACACAUUGAUUGGUAAACGUUAUAUUCAACAACUUUAAUAUUUAAGAUUUCUAUCUUGUUUUGCUAUCAGAAUGGAAAGGAAAAAUUACCCAUAAUGCAGCUCACAC